AUGGCCGACAAACUCCGCGCACAGCAACAGCUCGAAGCGCUCCAAGCGCGGUAUAUUGGUAUCGGCAGCGCAGACACUACGAAACACGAAUGGACAUCCAACAUUGCGCGUGACUCUCUGUCGAGCUACGUCGGACAUCCGCCUCUUCUGCAGUACAUGAGCAUCGGACUGGGACAACCGCGCGAGAAAACCAGACUACAACUUUUGGAGAGAAUGGUUAGGCCUGUCGGACCGCCGCCUGAGCAGCAAGACUGA